AUGGCAGAGUACCGCAAAGCAAAUGAAGACGUGAUAAAACAAAUGUUAAAAUACGAAAUUUCAAGUGAUAAAAUUCCCAGCAAUGCUACAGAUUGGAUUCAUGCAAUUUUGAAGAAAAAAGAUGGUCCCAUGAAUGAGUUUCAUUUGAGUAAUGCCUCACUUAGUAGGGUGGUUCAAGUUGAUUACAAUUUCUCAGGGACAACUGCCAGUGGAAAAAAGUGGAAUGUUCAAUAUUCAGUUAACGCUGAUUUACCAAAUGAUAAACAUGGUCAUCCACAUCACUACGGUGGUGAAAUAGAAGGGAAAGAUGUCAAUGGAAGUAAUAUAAAGGCUCCGGCUAUACAUGUAGAUCUUUCAAAAGUAACAGCAGGCCGACCGAAUGAUAAAGGUUACCAAAUGGAAGAAUAUCGGGUUACACGUGAAACGAAAAGAUUCGAUGAUGGAGGUACUGCUGAAUGGGAAUUAUCAUCAUUUACAUGUCGCCAAAGAACUUCAUUACCUGAUCCAACGCCCCAAUCAUCUCGCUCAUUAUUAAAAAUUAGUCCAACUUUUCAAAAUGCACAAACAUUACAAACUGAAGAAAAUCAAACACAAUUAUUUGAUAUCAGGUACCUAACAAAACAGUUACGUGACGUCCAUUUAUGUCCCAAUGGAAGAUUAGCAUUUUUAGCUAAUACACAGACAUCAUUUCGUUUAUUUCAUCCGAAUGCUGUUCGUUGUUCUAAAUGUAAAAAGCAAACAAUUAUUACAAAUUUUCCACCAAACGGUCUCAUUGAAAACAGUAUACAAGUACCAAAUCAACAAUUGUAUUUGGCGUCUGCUGUGACUGGUAUUGGAUAUGAUUCAUUAAGUUUAAUUAUGUCAUCAUUAUCAUUAUCAAUUACAUCCAAACAAAAAUUUCUUCCAUAA